ACCAUCGCAGGAAGGAACGGCAUCGUCCUACUACCUGUCAUGGGGAUCGGUGCACCUGGCUGCAUCGAAAUUCACCGUCUCCUCCAAGGCUCCCUGUCAACCAUCUCGGAAGAGACGCCCUCCCGCAAGACGCCUUCGUCGAUUGCACUCGACGCACUUCCAGAUGGGGCCAAGGAUGACGUCUCCUACACCUUCAGUAACUUGGCCAUCGAGGACGUCCUCCCAGAUAAUCGGGACCUUGUGCUCAAGCCGUGGUACAAGCUCGACGAACGCACUUGCGGCAGCCUCACAGGACAUCCCAGCAGGCUGUUCCCGAGGGCCGAGUGGUACCCACCGGUUGAGAUGGGCGUCAAGGACAUCGUGGCUAUGUGCAACACCAUGCAAGUACCAUGGACCGCGCAAGGAACCUGGAACCAGACGCUAGUAGCAUCGAGGUUCACCGUGCGCCUAAUAAUACAGAGUGCCCGAGAUCCGAGUACGCGUGGAGUGGAAGCGGCCGCGACCAGGAGUGGCCAGUUCGUCGAGUGCGACCACGUGCCUUCGGCCGAGUACCGCCUCGACGUCUUCGGCUGCAGGCUACGCAUCCACCCACGUGACAGGCUGCCGUACGCGUCGACGGUGCUGGACGCCAUCAAGGCCGAGAGCAACGGCGACACGUACGGCGUGGCUGGACCAAGCAGCUGCAUUUGGAGGCUACAUGCGAGGUUUGCCGAGAACAGAUUAGAAGGCCGUGCGACAAUCCCGACAGGAGUCGCCCGUCGUCUCCUGCGUCGCCGCACGUGUGGCUGCCGUCUGCUCUUCUGCACCUUGUCACAGCUGCAGCGGCACAACAGCCCCAAGCUCUGCAGGCGGCCUUACCGCCACCUCACCUGCGAUUAUACAAGCUGA